CCUGGAGAAAUUUUGAGAAGAGGAUCUUGGCUAUGGCGCUUGCCGCCGCCUGCCACGCAUCCAUCCCUCCUCUGUGGAAUCCUCGAUCCGCCGCUCCAAAUCUCCUUCCGCCGUUCUCGAGGAUCGUGAUCAGCACCAGGGCUUCCAUUCCCGCGCAUUCUUCACAGGUUCUUCGCGAUCUCGCCAGCGGCGGGCUAGAGGAGCUCCUCCUCGUCCGGCAGGCUUGUGAAUCGGAGCUCUCGGCGGCCGCAUUCUUGCGCGCAAGGUCAUUCUACAGCUAUCCCGAGGGACGCUCCAUCGCAGCACAAGAAGCACACCAAAAGUAUAUGGCCUCCCUCGAAUUUAAGACUCUUUCCUCCAAGAUCGCUGGAACCGAGGAUGGUUUCGGUCGUGUGGCGUGCGUAGUCGCGCUACUUCCACUCAAAGAUUUUCCUCCUUCCACAGACGAGAUUCGCAAAGCUUGCAAGGUGACUGUUGCUGGCCAAGAUCUCCUUGUUGUUGGCACACUUGAUGUGAAUCGAGGUCGACUAAUACCCGGUGAGAUAUCUGGCUCUCGACCAAAGGACUCUGAUCCAGCAUACAAGCGUGCCUACAUUUCAAACUUCUGCGUCGCUCAAGAAGCACGUCGAAAGGGUGUAGGCACGGCUCUAGUUCGCGAAGCAAAACGGACUGCCAGAGAAUGGGGUGUGAGUGAUCUUUACGUUCACGUUGUGACAUCCAACGAGCCGGCUUUCAAACUUUACACGAAGUCUGGCUUUGUUUUCGAAGCCGAGGAGACUCCAGCGGAAUCACACCUUCUUGGUCGACCUCGAAGAAAGCUUCUGUGGUUUGAUCUUGCAGGUCUGGAGUUCGAAUCGUGAGGGUGCGAGGGCUAUCGCUUGCGAUGACUAUGGCGAUGGCUUGGCCGGGAGUGGGCAUUCAGCCGUGCGGACCUUCUCAGGUGAAUUUGGGUUGCUUUUCUACUCAGAGAGGAAGCUUAGUGCUAUCAAGAAGGCAACGGAGGAUGCUUUCCUUGAGAGCUUCAGCCUCGGACGACGCUGCUCCCUUAGAAGAAAACGCUGAAACUCCCAAGGCUGUGGGAGAUGAAGAAGACUCGAAGGAUGCCCAAGAAGAGACUCCCGAGCCCACGAGCAGCGUUUACUCGGACAAUCUAUCCAAGAAAGAUAAGCUGGCUAUAAGGUCCGCAGGCAAGCAGAUAUUGUCGCUACGAUUUCUUUGGAUGGAGAAGAACAUUGGAAUUGCCUUGGAUCAAGUUGUGCCGGGCCAUGGUACAAUUCCACUGUCGCCGUUUUACUUCUGGCCCAAGAAGGAUGCGUGGGAGGAGCUCAAAGCCAAGCUCGAGAGCAAGCCGUGGAUCUCACGAAGGCGUACAAUUAUCCUUCUCAACCAGGCCACCGAUAUCAUCAACCUUUGGCAGCAGAAGGCUUCGAGCUUCUAGAAGUAGAGGGCCAUUUCAUUUUUCCCACUUAAAAGCAAAACCUCUUAUGUCAAGUGAUUGGAAAUGUGGCAAAACUGAGUGGUGAGAGAGAUCAACCAAGUGCUUCAACUCCUCAUAGUAUAAAUUUUACGCUCUCAAAGAAGAUUGCAUCAGUA